AUGCCAGGUAUCAGGGACACUCCCGGUCGCGAUCCUGAUCUAGACGUUUAUCUGUCACGGGUGGAGCAGCUCGACUUGGAGCGGAGUCGAUCACUUAAUAGGGGAACAGCCAGCGUUCCGGAGGAGCGAUUUACGUCCACCAUAGGUACAGAACGAUACGAUCCAGCUGAUAGGAAAAAGGCACAUUUGCUGCUAGAAGGACACUACGAUACCAGGCGGUAUGAGUUUACUGGAUCUGACAAGGUUUCUGAGAUCGCCUAUGAGUCUGCGUACAAUUAUGAGAAAACAUUUUCUCCAAAGAAAGGGAGUGCAUAUCAUACCGCAAGAGGGAUCAGUCCUAUUCGGACACCUGGCCGGAGCUCCAAUUACAGUAUACCGCCUCCUAAAGAGAGCUAUGUUUCUUCCGAAAAGAAGUAUCUCGUUACCGAAGAAGAGUACGAUUUACUGCAACGUCUAAAACGCGAACAUGGCCACAUGGAUUACUUAUCUUUGAAGGAAACCUAUCCACCCAAGUAUUCUGGUUAUUAUUCGGGCAGCUCGUACGGAUAUGACUACAUUCCGAGGUCUAGUUCCCCUGUUAACUAUGAGGAAAACAGAUACCCCAGCAUGCUUUCUUCAAUUUAUAAUAGCGAAAUGCCUUACAAUUCGCGGAUAAAACCUCAUUAUGAAAGCCGGAGCCACGGUUACUACAGGCCGGCUCCUCUCUACAGCACAGACUAUUCUCAUACUCUAUCGGAGAGAAGUUUACUCGUACCUACGCCAUCUACUGCGACAAGCUCGAUUUUCUCUAGAGACCAUGCCCCUACAUUGUUUGACAAGCAAGUUACUCCACAAUCACCCAUUGCUUAUGGGGACAAACAGCCGUUUCCAAACACCCCUCCUGCGGAACCAAAUAUGACGAGUUUUCAGGCAGGUUCGUCUCCGACUGACAACAUUUUACCUUCCUCAGGGAAAGAAGUGGAUGGCACGGCUAGUAAUAGCCCAGUGGAAAGCAUGAGCGCUGCGCCUGGAAAGGCCAUGAACAACAGUACCCCAACAUUAGCUGGACUAAGUACCCCAUCACCAUCAGAGUCUGUGUCACCAAUAAAACAGAAGCCACGGGCAUCAGAGUCUGGUUCGCCAAUAAAAAAGGAGCCCCAAGAAUCUUCAUCUCAAGUGCCCAAAAAGAGAAUAUCCGUGUCAUACCUCGAGUCCCUGGAAAAGAGUAGAGUAACUACAAAUAAUCUUUCUGGUGGUGUUAGAUCUCAACCUAAUAUCAUUCCCGGACGUUCUGAAGGAAUGAUAUCAUCAAUGAUGAAGAAGAACAGUGGCACUCCCGUUCAACCUCGCACACCUUCCAUGUCUCUAGCAUCUCUUAGGAAAGGUUCCGAGAAUGUGGUAUCAUCAUUCCUGAAGAAGACAGCACCCAUGCAACCUGCCCCUAGCACGAGGCCACAGAGAUCACCUACCAGGACUACUCGAGAUAUCACGGAAACUCUAAUUGAGUCAGCUCUAAAGAUCACUGGCACCCCAACCAAACAGUCAAGAUGUGGCGCUCCACCUAUUCCAGUUAAACCUAAGAAGCUGACCCAAAUCCCGAAAGUUGAGGAGGAGCCGGACUUGGAAGAUACAUUGAAGAGCAUCCAACUGAACAAAACAGAUGCUACUAGAGAAAAGUCAAAGCUAUCCGAACAGAAAGGCGAAAUACAUAUUCCAAAACUUCGCUCAGUAAAACGUGACAGUUCGCAACUGCCUGAGCAGAAAAUCAGCCUACCUGAAUUAAAGCCUGUAAAACUAGAACCCAAACGAGAGCCAUCUUUGCCCGAAGCGCUUAAUGCUAUUAAUAACUUAAAACCUGCUCUCGAGCCAUCGCGUUCUCCAAGUCCAAAUUCGGUGGCAAUUUCCAAGUUACCUGCACUGGCUCCUCAUAGUAAGGUUGGAAACCCUACCGCACUACCUGAAGCACUGACCAAGAGGUCCCAAUUGACCAAGUCGCAUCCUUCUCCUGAAAGAAAGCCGUCCAUUCCAGAAGCAUUGACUAAGAUGUCAAUGCUGAAUAAACCUCCCGCUGCAGCCGCUAAAGCAUCUGAUGUACCUGAGGCUCUUGCAAAAGUUGCCAAGCUGAACAAAGCACCGCCGGUCCCUAAGCGUAAGAUUUCGAUGCCCGAGGCCUUGAAGAAGGCACAGGAGCUGAGAAACAAUAAAACAAAUCUCCUUCUAGAGGCAAACCUCAAGAGAAAACACACCCCGCCGCUUGGCCAGUUGUCCGAAGCUGGGAGCGUUCCUACUCCUAAAGCAUUCCCCGACCGCUCGGACUCCACGUUAUCCGUGGUGCGGUUGCUCAAAGGGGAACAGAGCCAAGGGGACAAGUUACAACACGUAACCAAAGCCAGAGACCGUGGGCCAAGACGAAGGCUCCCUAGCGGAACCAGUAAGUAG